AUGGAGUUCACCAACGCGGUAGCUGCCGACUUACCCUACCUACGCGGCGCACUUAACAAUGCCCCUGCCUGCUCGGGGCGCACGAUCGACACAAUACAUGUUCAUAAUGGAUUGGCAAUGCCUGCUGCCGUUGAUGCUGCAUUCAGCCGGCUACCUCAUCACGCCGGUGCAGCUCCGAUCUUUCAUGGCCAGCCUUGGUACUCCAACAUUGCAGUUGUAGGACAGGAUGAUGCUGGGACAGAGGAGGAAUGGUACGCCAAGUUGCUCAUAUUCUUCCAGGUCCGCAUUGGGAGGUUGCUGGUGCCGUAUGCUUUCAUUAAGUAUUACGACUUAGCUCCCACCAAAGACGGUGCAACUGGUGGCAAAACACUACGAUGGGAAGCCGCUGGUGAGCGCUAUCGUGUGAUUGCUGUAAAUAGUAUUCUAAGGGCAGUAGAAUCGGUAAGGACAGCGCCAGACGAGGAUGUAUGGCUUGUUAACCGCUUCAUGUUCUAG